AUGUCGACUCCGAUGAGAACCCCUCGCCAUUCUCGUUCCAAAUCAUCAGAUUCCUGUAAGUUUGCCGAGAACUUGCAACCCAAUAUCCCCUUCUCCACGCCGUCGAAGAAAAGUACCCCGUCAAAGAAAUCGGCCAGCAGGUCGGCGACAAAACCUAGAAAUACCGCACUUUUGUCUCCUCCGCCACCUCUGCCGCAGCGUGAGAGGAAGUUCGUCAUCGCUAAAAAGAGCAAUUCUACAAAGCAGGCGAACGAUGUCGACGCGAAGAAGCGACUGGAAGCCGCUUAUGAGAAGCUACGUGCUUCCCAAGAAGAGUUCUUUAAAAAGGACAUAGUUCCUGUGCUCAGGGUCGAAGAGUCCAGGAAUGAACAGAAGAAAGAGGAGGAGUUUAAGAAAAGUGAGAUAUUGGAGAGGAAGACGAAGAGUAUGGUGAUGGCGGAGGCGAUGAGUAGCAUUCCUGAGCCAGGUGCAGGGAGGGUGAAGCAUCUUGUGAAGGCUUUUGAGACUCUUCUUACGAUUUCGGAUGGGGAGGAAAGUGGAAAGAAUACAUUGAUGGAUUGGCUGUUGCCUAAGCUGCCUCGAAAGGUUGAGCAGAGUAACGGGGGGCCGUCUUCACCUAGUUUUGAUUCCGUUGAGUUUUUCACUGCUAGAGGACAUGAAAGAGAAACGAGGCUCUGCUCUUCUUUGGAUGGCCUUGAUGGAAGAUUGAGUUUGGCCAGUAGAACAUCUGGAGGAGGCCAGAGGAGUAGACGCCAUAGCCUCGACUCCUCAAGGAAGGGCUGGAACAAGAAGCUUAAGGUGACAAACCAGCAGCCUUUCAAGUUGAGGACUGAGAUAAGAGGGAGGGUUAAAGAGGAGAGAUUUGUGAAGAAGGUGACUGAAAUGUUGCUAGAGGAGGAGAAAAAACGUAUACCAAUUGCACAAGGUGUUCCAUUGACAAUUGAUGAGCCUGAGUGCUUGAUCAAACCCCCUGUAAAGGAGUGCACUGAACCACUUGACAUUGUGCUUCAUAGCGAUGUUCGUGCGAUUGAGCGUGCAGGAUUCGAUCAAUAUGUUAUGGAGAGGCUAGAGUUGGCUAAGCAGUUUAAGUUGGAAAGAGAAAGAAAACAAAAGGUACAUGCUUUAUUGCUUUCAUUUACUAUAAAUGCAAGCUAUAUAAGGAUUUAUCUGACGUUCUUUCUGCAGAUGGAAGAAGAAGAGGAAAUAAGGAGGUUGAGGAGAGAACUUGUGCCCAGAGCUCAGCCCAUGCCUUAUUUUGACAGGCCAUUCAUCCCCAAAAAGUAA